GCAUCGACACUAGAGCAAGGCACAGCCACGUGGCUGCGUCUUCCCGCAGGACGCAGGCCCCUUCCCACCGUUCUCUUGACGACUCCUCGUCUCCUCGUCGUAGUAGUUGCAGCCACCGGUCUUGAGAGCUGCCACCUAUUUGCCUUGACGCGGAGAAAAGUAUACCUGGGGGGUUGGGGCUUGCCGCCGCAACUAUCCCCGGCCUCGGCUCGCCUGCACUGCACCUCUCUCCUUGGUUUCUUCCCGUUACCCGUCUCGGCAGAUGCCUCUCUUCCUGCAGCUUCAACUUCAGGGUGCCUGUCCACUUAGUCAGUACUGCAGCGGCGAUAUCUGAAGGUCCGACUAAUGUGAUGUCAAUCACAUGCUGCUUGCCUGUCGUCGAGUGCGUGUACUGCCUGGCGUGUGCGCGGUGGGUGUGGCAGCGCUGCCUCCACUCCGGAGGCUACGACAGUGAGACCUGGGGUGUUGCAUCGGCUGAAGAGUUUGAGCCUGUGCCGCGCUUGUGUCGGAUCAUCCUCUCGGUCUAUGAGGAUGACCUUGAGAACCCCCAAUGGGCGCCUCCAGGUGGUUAUGGCAUGGAGCCACGUUGGGUGGUGCAGCGGAGAAUAUAUGAAGACACUCAUGGUCAUGCACCAACAUACCUUCUGUAUGUUGAUCACCAGCAUUCAGAUGUUGUGCUUGCUGUUCGAGGAAUGAACAUGGCGAAGGAGAGUGACUAUGCUGUCCUUCUGGAUAACAAGCUUGGGCAAAGGAGGUUUGACGGCGGCUACGUGCACAAUGGCUUGCUUAAGGCCGCCGAGUGGGUUUUUGAUGCUGAGUGUGAUGUUCUGAAGGACCUUCUGGAGAGGAAUCCUGGCUAUACACUCACAUUUGCUGGGCAUUCUCUUGGCUCUGGUGUGGUGUCAAUGCUAGCUUUGCUGGCAGUGCACAACAGGGAGCUGCUCGGUGGCAUAGACAGGAAGAGGAUACGAUGUUUUGCAAUGGCACCAGCCCGAUGUAUGUCACUGAAUUUGGCUGUCCGUUAUGCAGAUGUCAUCAAUGCAGUUAUUCUUCAGGAUGAUUUUUUGCCUCGCACAGACAUUCCUUUGGAAGACAUCUUCAAGUCACUAUUCUGCUUACCAUGCCUUCUAUGUGGAAGAUGCCUAAUAGACACAUGUAUACCUGAAAGUGUGAUGUUGAGAGAUCCAAGGCGCCUCUAUGCACCUGGUAGGCUUUACCACAUUGUUGAAAGAAAACCUUUCAGAUGUGGAAGAUACCCCCCUAUUGUGAGAACAGCAGUUCCUGUGGAUGGGAGAUUUGAACGCAUUGUUCUCUCUUGCAACGCAACAUCUGAUCAUGCUAUUAUAUGGAUAGAAAGAGAGGCGCAAAGGGCAUUAGAUUUAUUGCUAGAGAGUGAGAAAACCAUGCAAGCACCUGCGGUUGAAAGGAUGAGCAGUGAGAUCACUGUUACAAGAGAUCACGACGAAGAGCAGCAGGAGGCUCUGCGGCGUGCGAUCAUGCUAGGGGUUGCUGAUGUAAACAUGCCAUCAACAUAUGGUACGUUCAACGAAAAUCCUACUUCUGAACCAGCCGAGGCCUCCCCAUUACUAUCAGACAGCGGAAGGCGCAGGGCAGUAUGGGAGGAGUGGAUCGCAAGGAUCUUCGAGAAGGAUGAAUCAGGGCAAAUGGUUCCACGGAGAUGAUCGUGGCGACAGCUCAAGGCAUGCUUGCUUGAUGGGUCGGUUUCUUGAUGCUGCUUCCACUCUGUUUCGAGCCUAUUUUGAAACUUCGGAACGGUAAUGUAAGAUGAGUAGGGGUUAGGGAUUAGAUCAUGUAUUUAGGGCUAGUUUGACAACCCUAUUUUUCUAUGGGAUUUUUAAUUUCCUAAGGGAAAACGAACUAAUUUUCUAUAAGAAAAUGAAAAACCCUUGGAAAAUUGGGGUUACCAAACCAGCCCUUAGUGAGUGAGAUGGUGUAUAGCAUGAAUAAUUUUCCCUUUGGUUGACAAAAAAUGUGGGUGCCUAUUGUACUUACACAUCAGUAAUUUCAUUGUAUAAGAAUAUAAGAUAUUGUAGAAUCUUGGGUA